AUGGUAUUCCGCCGUGUUGACGUUUUCACAGCGUUAGCUUCCAUCUACACUCUUGGCGUCAUUUCCUUGGAGAGAAUGUUUGCCGUCGCUUGGCCCUAUCGUCACAGAACUUUGAAACUGCGUGCUUACAUCUGUGCUAUUGCCACACCGUGGAUCAUGGCAGCAGUGAUCACUGUUUUAGUUUUCACUCUUAUCAACGUAUGGGGCCUUCUUAUUUUUUGUCUUGCCGCGCCUCUUAUAGUUAUGUGUCUUGCAUAUUAUGUUAUUUGGAAGAAACACAGAUCACCGAUGGGCAACCAGAAUCAGUCAAGAGAGGCGAGGUUAGCAAAGACUUUAUUUUUGAUAACAGGAGCUUCUAUUUUGACUUGGCUUCCAUUUCAAAUUCUUAAUAUAGUGUUAUACUUUGGCGUUAUAGGAAAUUUUUCGUACUCGACAUUUACAUUCCUACUCGUUAGGGUCUUACAAUUUAGCAAUUCUCUCGUGAACGUGAUAAUUCAUCCGUUUAGAAUCCCAGGAUUUAGGAAAACUCUUUGGCGGAUGCUCCGCUGUCAUCAAAGGUUCGACGAUCGGGCGCCAACGCCAGCUAGGUCAGAGUCUGUUGCGUCCCUGAGAAAACUAAAGAGUUCCAAAUGUUCACCAGGGAACCCUAAUCAGGAAAUUGCACUGUAAAUCCAUCACUGUCUCGAUUGUUAGGUAAACUUAUCUGCUUUUAGUAUGGGGGUGGGAUUUAUGUGAGGUUUAGUGCUGGGAUAGGUUAUAAAUUGAAGAGGGGCUUAGUCUCUUUUUUUAGAGUCUAGCAUCUCAUCGGGGGCUUUAACAUGUUAAAAUGUAUCUGAGAAGAGAAACAUCAGGUCUUGCCUGGGAACGUCCCCUUCGCUUCCACUCUUCUACAAAGCCUCAGUUUGAGCUCGUCAAUCGCGCAAAAAUUACAUAGGUUUACUCCUCCAUCAAGUUCUUCGGGGAAGGCCUCAGUGCGGGCAAAUUUUUGGCGAACGAGUACUCAUUGCUUCUCUAUGAAAGGGGACCCUGAAUAACGGGAAAACUCUUGUUGCAACCUGUUCCAACGCUUUGUAGAGGAUUCUUUAAAAAUGGCAGGGCGAACUCUGCAUGAAAACGAGCAAAUGCACGAAACACCACAAAAACAUCGAUAUCGAUCGAUGUCUGAACGUAAUGACGGCGCUAUAAACUUUUAUAGUGUCUUUGGUUUUUGGUUCAAAUAAGCUGAUCAUGCAUUGUUAUAGAUGUCUCUUAUAUACAUGCGAGUUUGGAAAAGGAUCUUUUGGAGGCAAUUUUUUGAAUGAUCUCACUUUUAUCCAUCUGCAUGAUUACCAUUAAUCGACUUCCUGAAAUUGAUGUCAACAAAAUUACCUCUAGAUUUGACGUAAUGGCUUUUGUAAGAUUUUUUCUCUCAUAAUAAAAGCACUUUUAAACUUAAAACUAUAAAGAAACACUGUCGAUAAUUCAGCCGAAAAUUUACAGAGUUUCUUUUUGAACUUAGAGCGGCAAAUAAACACCUUAUGGAGGAAAUUCGUCGCAAAACUGCCGAAAAUGAGAGCUUGAAAUUAAAAGUAGCGGAAUUGAGUCGCCGCAAAACGAUGGAUUUUAUUUUCUAUACAGGAUUUCCUAACCCAGCAGUGUUCGAUUGUAUCUAUGAAUGUUUAAACCGUGGAAGUGAAAGAGAUAACUUUAUCCACUAGCAUUCAAAAUCAGAUGAUUUAACGGAAAAUAAGAGAGCUGGUUAAGAUUCCCCUAACUUCCCAUUUUAAAGUAGGAAUUUUUAAAAACUCUCUGUAGGCUGAGGUAAGGGUUUAGGGAAGAGCAUUGCAGCAAUUUAUUAAAUAAAGGCAGACUCCCCUAAGCUGUAUCACCAUUUCGUGGAUAAAUUUUAUGUUUUUGAAAUUUACAACCUUUCCAUUGGGUCCUCUGGGUCCUCAAGGGAAAAAGUUGAUGAACAUAUGCCUGCCGACGGUACCGAGGUUCUUUGCCAGAUGCGCGAGAGCCUCCUUCUAAAAAUAGUGAACUUUAUAGCUCAUAUAUGACGCACACCACUCUUAAACGGUUUCUCUGGUAUCUAACCAGGAAGUGCCAUUACCUUUGUAAGCUAGCUCUCUACAGGACACAUUUCUGACAAAGAGAGUGUCAAGUUGUCAGGAAUUCCCAUUAUGAAAUUUGAUAGAGUAGAUUCUGCCGAAAAGGGUUUGCUUAUUGGCAAGCUUAUGAAUGAAAAAUUUGAAUCUGCAAGUGUCGGCUGGUAUGAACCAAAGGAGCUAAGAGGGUAUUUCUCAAAUUGAGUGUCUACCAGAGGUAAAUUGCUCAUAGUGGAUGUGUCAAAACUAGCUCAAGGUUGGAGCUGUGCUGGACAAGAGGCGACGUUUACGCUUUGUAUGAAUAAAGUUCUUGUCUGGGUCGACAAGGAAAUGUGUGGAAUAUUUGUCUUGGAGUACUCGUUCACUCUGGACAAAAAAAAAAAAGCUCAAAGAAGCGCGCAGUUUGGUCACACUAAGGAAUAUUUUGAUCCAGUCUUUUGCUGAAAUGUACGUACCGCAUACAGAGUUACCUAAAGCCUUUGUUGACAAUCCUUUGCACGAAUCGCCCCGACAUUGUAGCCAUAACUAAGUUCAGCAUUCUUUAACCGAGACGAAGGAUCUCUCCCAUUUGAACAACUUUAAGGAAUAUCUUCAUCGGUUCGAAAUGAAGGACCGCUCGCAAUGUUUUUUCUCGAAGACGGCAUCUGCGGCCAUUUUUCAUGCUAUUUUCAUGCUAUUCGAACCAGAUUACCUUGGUUAGCUACUAUUUUGGAACAAGGCGAACAAUAAUAAAAAAAAAUUUAUCUUCCGCAAGCAUCCAUAUUCGUAUUCAAAACAAAGUUACAUCCCAAGCGAGGAGAGGUGGCGUGAGUGUGCAUCUGUAUUCUCAUAAAGCAUGCUACAGUAAGCCAAUCAGAAUCUUUGUAAGAAUGGUUUAAAUAAAUCAAUCGGUUGAACAAGACUGAAGCUGUCAAAUUGUCAAGCCAUUAAAGUUCACAAACCAUUAAAGUUCACAAAUCGAAAUUGAAUGCCGAAUGCGAACACCUUGUUCGAUUCUGAGCGUUAUCUCUGGGAAGUUAUUAAGAACCUGAACACUCAUAUAGGAAAGUUACUUGAGAUAAAGUAGGCUAUGACAAUACUUUAUUCAUCGAUUCGAUUUAACUUUAAAUUAUUCUAGCAAUUGAUGACGUACACCAUCAUUUCCAGUGAUUCUAUAGCUUCAGCUUAGAUUCAGGGAGGAGUGACAAAAAGAUUGAGCUUUUAAUAUAGGAUGCCGUAUUGUGACAAUUCUGUCUAAAAAGUUUUAGCCUGGAAGGAUAUCAGUUAUGACACUUUUUUGUAGAACUCAUUUGAAACGUUUUGCUUGUUAUUGAUCUUCGCUAAGACAUCGUCACAGCGAAGUAAAUUUUCAUUCCACGCUUACAUGCACUAAUGGAGGAGAAUAAAACGCAGUCCCUCUUAAAGGGGUCUGGUGCAUUUCGGCUUAAAAAAAAAUCAAUGUCUUCUAAACCUCACCCAUGAAUCUGUCCUUGUCUAAAUAUAGUCUAAACCACCUUGAUUCUUCGAAAUAUUGCAAAGAAAUUUUCUUCCGAGCGAAAAUCGCUUAAGUACUCAAAGGCCCAUUUUCAACGGCGCCGAUCAUAAAGUAGGUGUCUCAUAAAUUAAUUAGACUACAACCGAUUCAUGGGUAAAGUUUGAAAGAGAUCGAUCUUUUGAACCGAAAUGCACCGGACCGCUUGUAGAGAAACUGUAUCUAAAUUUUUUGGCUAAGGUUACUGUCGACAAAGUAGGGUGCCUUACGGCAAAAUCGUCUUACGCGUGUUACUUUAAAAUAAUUAAAGCAUGGAAAAUAAUAACCAUAAAGUAAAGAUUCUGGCAUUGAGGAAAAAAAGGUUUUAAAAAGUUUUUUAAUAAGUUGGCACGUGCAUGCCCUUAAACACAAAACUUCAGGUGUCCGCUUACUUAAAUUGCCAGGCUCCGCGUUGACGCGGACAUCCAAACCGUAUAACUUAGAGGAUAAUAGGCUAACAAAAGUGAUCGGCGUUUUUUAUGUUUCUUUUGGUUCCUGAGAAAAUCUGUUUCGAAGUUGGACAAAAAAAACAUAUUGAUUGUCCUUCUUGUUCUUCGAGAAUUAUAAGCGGAAGGAAAAGUAGACAAAGAAAGCUAAGGAAGAAGAAAAAAGGUAGUGUGAACUAUGGGCGGCCGUCACCACCAAAAAUACAAGGAUGUCAAAUAGAUCAGCAAGUACAAAGCUGGUUUAAGGAUCAGCUGCAGGAUAGAAUAGCUAAUAAAGGAAUGGCAUGGCCAAUUAUAGACGGUUUAGUUUUCCUUCAUGAAACAGAACACCCUAAACAGGAAUAGUUUAGCUGAUAAAUGAUAAACGGUCCAGUUGCCCAUGUCGAGUUGGAACAUGAAAUUGCAACACAGUACACAAACGGUGUACCGUUGCGUCAAAUGGCACAGGGUUAUGUCGAGUAGCACAGCGUACGCACAAACGGUGUACCGUUGCGUGAAAUAGCUCAGUUUAAUGUAGAAUGGUACAGCGUACACACAAAUGGUGUAGCGCUGUGUGAAAUGGCUUAGCGUAAUGUCGAAUGGUACAGCGUACACGCAAAUGGCGUAAAGUUGCGUGAAAUGGCUCUGCGUAAUAUAGAAUGGUACAGCGUACACGUAGCGUUACGUCGAAUAACUUUGUAGAACAUCAGACGCUCUCUCUGAACAUUAAAUUGCUUAGCAUUACACGAAAUAUUUCGAUGUUGUGGCGAAUCGUCGAGCUUGCUUGUGGCGUGACGUGUAGGCUAUCUCGCCAAAACCACCAAAAAUACAAACCGCAAAUGGAACAGUGAUCUGCUGAGGGGCAUGACGUCAUCGAAUGUGAAGACUGUCGCGAAACCUUCACAUGGUGUAGUCGCUGUGUUGAAGAGUGUUCACUUCGCUCUGCCGUAAAGCAGAGCCAAUUCAGUGAGUUUCUCCUUUUUUCCCCCGCCGAUAUUGCAUUUAUUUGUUGUCGUUCAUGAAAGCGUUAAUUACAAUAGCAACGAGAUUAGAUUCUACCAUGGUUUGCCGGCCUCCCGGCUUCCCGGUUUACCACAGUUUGCACGCGUUGGUGAGCCUGAAUGUUUAUAGUAUUAAGUAGCGUUAAGACGUGCAUUAAAUGUCGAUUGCCGAGCUCUCCUUUCUUUUCUGACUCGCACUUACUUUUCAAUGAGAGUUUAACUGAAAAGGCUCUUUGAACAUUGCAGGAAUACGUGAGAAGUUGGAUUUUGUGUGUGCCUUGCACGCCAUGGUAAGUAAAACUGAUAUCCUUGAUCUGUUUUGACAUUGAAGAAAUGUAAAAUGGUUUCCGUGUUUACAUAGCCUGAUCUAAACACGCGGGAGGUUGGGAGAACACGAGAUAAGCGUAAGAAACCACGACGCGAAGCGGAGUGGUUUCCAGCCUAUCGAGUAUUCUCCCAACCUCCCACGUGUUUACAUCAGGCUAUGUAAACACGGAAACCAUUUUACAUUUCUUUUAUAAAAUAACUAAUGAAAGAGGAACGAAAACCGUGUUUACAUAGGCUCAUGUAAAAUGGUUUUAUGGCCAAUCAGAGCGCGCGUACUAUUUGAAUUAUUUUAUAAUUUUCAAUCAAACAUGUAGUGUUUGCCAAAGCAACGUUUUUUCCGAGUUGGUUUUGUCGUCCACACACCAAUUAAAAGCAUUCCGAUAUCACUCAGUUUGAUUGAAAAAUGUCAAAACAGAUCAAGGGUAUCAGUUUUCUCACCAUGGCGUCCAGGGCACACAUAAAAUUCAAAAUGUAAACUAUAAACAUAUUCAGGCCCACCAACGCGGGUAAACCGGGAGGCCGACAACCGCGUGGUAGAAUUCAGCCUCGUUGCUAUUUUAAUUGAUGCUUUCACGAACGACAAUGAAUAAAUGCAAUAUCGGCAGGGAAAAAAGAGGAGAAACUGACCGAAUUGGCUCUGCUUUACGGCAAAGCGAAGUGAAGACUAUUCAAUACGGUGCCUACGCCAUGUGAUGGUUUCGCGGCAGUCUUCACAUUCGAUGACGUCAUGCCCCCAGCAGAUCGCUGUUCCAUUUGCGGUUUGUAUUUUUGGUGGUUUCGGCGCGAUAGCCUUGGCGGCCGUCACCACCAAAAAUACAAGGAUAUCAGGCCUUAUUUUCACUACUGCCUAAGUAGUGCACAUUACUGCGAGGAUCACUUUCAUUAACGUCUUUAUCCGCAGUUCAAAUAUAUGACUUUCAUAUAUUCUUAACCAGAUAUCAAAUAGAUCAGCAAAUACAAAGAUGGUCUAAGGAUCAGCUGCAGGAUAGCAUAGCUAAUAAAGGAAUGGCAUGGCCUUCACGUCACGCAACAAGCAAGCUCGGCGAUUCGCCACAACAUCGAAAUAUUUCAAGUAAUACUAAGCAAUUUAAUGUUCAGAUAGAGCGUCUGAUGUUCUGCAAAGCUAUUCGACCUAACGUUCCACUAUUUGUGUGUACGCUGUACGAUUCGACAUUACGCUGAGCCAUUUCACUCAACGCUACACUGUUUGUAUGUACGCUGUACUGUACUCGUUAUCACGAGUAUGAUCAGGUAUUAUUUGUCACCUGAGGGGGAAGGGGAGAGAUUUUUUGGGGAAUCAUAUGGUUUACAAGGGGAACUGAGUGGGUAUCAGUCGUCACCGAGAGAGUCAAAAGGGCUCGAGGGGGGGAGGAAGCUAUUGAAUUUUGAAUGUUAAUGACCGGUUCCUUACAUUGGUUCUCUUGCGCAUUUCCUUUAUUUCCUCAUUUGUCUACUAUAUUUUCUCUUUAGAUCGAUAUGCAUCUUCUCUUUACUGUUUUCGUUAUAUUUCCAAUGGUACUGAAAAGAAGAAUUUUGGUUAAAUUCGAGGGUUGUUGAGUUGGUGAUCAUUCCUUCAUUCUCGUGUCUAAGGAAGCCAAGGAUUAACAACUAAGCUGGUUCGGUUAGCCGCUAAUUAUCACUUAAAUAUUCACUUAUUUAAAUUAGUCAGAAUAUUUAAUUGAGACUAACACUUACGACAUAAAUACCUAACACGGGGAUAACUAUCACUUAUACUUGUAUGAAAUUUAAAAAAUAAUAAAUAAAUAAAGCAAACAGGUAGACGAGUUUUGGAAAUAAAUGAAUAAGUUAAAAGAUUAAUAAAAGUCAAUGAAUGAAUAUGAAUUAAGCUCUAUUUUCUCGCGCGUGGUGAUGCGAAUGCCGAGCGUGGGAGUUUGAUAAAACUACAAGUGUUCAGCAAUGAAGUCCUACGUCCAAUAGAAGAGGGCGAAGUUUGCCCAUCGUUUGUCUGACUUUCUUUUCCUUAAUCUUAGGGAAAGAGAAAGCGAACACGAACUUGUUUUGGUACAUUGUUACUUUAUAACUUACAGAUCACGCGAAACGUGACCCUCGUGAUCCACUUGUAUCUUGUGAAAAAGCUGUGUUACGAAGGUUUGAGCUUAUACACAUGUAGGCUUGUACAGGGAUGAAUAAACAUGUGAUCAUUGAUAAAAACGAUGUUUUUUUGUCAAAAAAUCACCCAGCCUUGCUCAUUUUGAUUUGCUUCGAAGUUGUUUGGCUGAUUAAUGAGUUUCUUAAAAUAUCAUUACUAUGGACGAGAUAGCGAAGGGUUUCGUAACCCUGUACGUCUACAUAGCGCAAGAAGAUAAUAUUUUUUCCCUCAUUCCAGCGGUUGUUGUGUUCCGCCGCUUGGCACGUUCUGCUUUCCAGUUCGUUUACUUCUUUGAUUGUCGUAAGUCAUGAGUAAUGUAGAAUGGAAAAUUAGGAUGGGGAACGGGGAACGGGGAACGGAGAACGGGGAGCGGGGAAAGAGGAACGGGGAGUCUUUUUUAUUGCUCCUUUCUAUGGAAAACUGCAGGAAUCACCCAGUGUAAUCUAUCUGUCACCUUUUUGAAUGGGUCAAACAAAUGUUAAACGACUUUAUUGUCUAACCGAUCGAAAGGUAUGUUCCCUAGCCACAGGCAAAAGUCAUCCUUUAGCAGGUCGUCGCGUAAUUCAGACUUAUUACGUCCAUUCUUGUCACAUGUCAUGAGAUCAGAGAGGUAAAAAUAAACAAAAGCUUCAAUUUCUAUACAUAAAAGGAAAAAUUAUCAGUCAGCUCACGUUCUACCUCUCCUUGUUGAACAGCUGUGCACAACUUACAUAAUGCCAUUUUCCAAUGCAAACGCCUUAUUCCAUUCUGAGUGUUCUCACCGGAAAACUUCAAGGAACCCGUGGACCCGUUUGAGGAAGUCCAUUGAGAUAAGGUAGGCUUUGAAGAUUUUUUUAUGUGAAAAAUUGCUCUAAGCUUUGCAUCGAUCAUUUAGGGCAAAUGAUAAGGAGCGUCUUCUUUUUCCAUUAGUUCUCUGGAUGUAAGAUAAAACAUUUUGAAUAAGAAAUUUUGUAUUGCGGCUAUUCCGUCUAUAAUGCUAGGACCAUAAGCCCUCAUUUAUAACCCUUUCGAUGUAAAAAGGGCGUAGGUUUCUGAAGAAACUGUGGUGCUGCGUCGGUGGGAGAGUAUAGUAGGGUAAAUUUUAUUUUCAACUGAGUUGAAACGUAAAUUGACCACCGUGGACCCGUUUGAGGAAGUCCAUUGAGAUAAAGUAGGCUUUGAAGAUUUUUUUUAUGCGAAAAAUUGCUCUAAACUAUGCAUCGAUCAUUUAAGGAGCGCCUUCUUUUUUCAUUGUUUCUAUGGAUGUACCCUAAAUUCAGGGAAGACUGACAGCAAGGUAGAUCUAAAAAUUUCGGCUAAGAAAUUCAAUACUGCGGCUAUUCCGUCUAUAAUGCUAGGACCAGAAGCCCUCAUUUAUAACCCUUUCGAUGUAAAAAGGGCGUAGGUUUCUAAAGAAACUGUGGUGCUGCGUCGGUGGGAGAGUAUAACUAGGUAAAUUUUAUUUUCAACUGAGUUGAAAACGUAAAUUGGCCACCGUUAAGAGUUUUGCCAUUCGCUCUGACGAAGGGCUAACGCUCGAAACGUCAGCUUUGAGACUCCUAACGGUGGCCAAUUUACGUUGUCAACUCGGCUGAUAAUACCAUUUACCUCUCGAUGUAAGUUUGUCAUUUAUUCGAAAAAUAUUUUUCGAAUAAAUGUUUUCAAACUCCCGUAUGCGCCGAUAGAGACGUGUUACGAGAAUUCAGUGGUAACAAGAUUUAGCCGGAGAGCAUGCAUGGACUGUUUAUUGAUCUUUCCACAUAUUUAUAUUCCAUUCCCGACUCUUUGAGGAAAAUAAAAUGGUUUGGAUGGUUUAAAACCUUACUCAAGCGACAAGAAAGAGAAGGAAGUCUUUGAUCUAUUGCCGGCUUUAAAGAAAUAAUAUUUGCAGAUCAACGUCUUCCGUGACAGGAAUAAAUUACAGAUGAAAAAAAAAAAUAUUCAGGUAGAGAAUGUCAAGUUUUGACUCUUGCUUUUAUGAUAACCGUUUUGCGCCAAAUUCGUUUUUUUAUCAAGCCGAAAUACACUGGAUAAAAUGUUAUUGCAAUUCUGAUUCAACGAUAGAGGCACUCUGACCUUUUUUCCUAAUUUACAGUCCGUUGGGUCGUGUAAAUGUCGGUCAGGUCGCGUAAAUGAAAUAGAAGGCCAAAAUUGAAUGAAGAUAUAUGACGAUACAAGAGAAUAUCAACUUUUGAUAUUCUCUUGGACGAUAUAAAUAAAGAAAAAAUAAGUAAAUAAAUGGAUAAACGAAUAGAAAGAAUUUGUUAUACCACAAACGCUUGGAGCGAGUAACGGACUUUUCUAUUUUCCCUUUCUAUUUUGUUAACUUUUUUAGAAAUUUAUUCGGUUUUCCUUCUCUAUUUCUCUGGUUCUUUAUUAAAUUUUUUUAUUCGUUAUUUUGCUGGACAAGAUGUCAGACCUGAAGCUACCAAAUCGAAGCUUAGCUGCAGUUAUAACUGAGGCAGGCAUCUGCCUUACACUGAACAUCACAAGCAUCAUUGGAAACGGUCUGGUUUGUAUAGCAGCAUACAGAAACUCAAACCUGCGAUCAACCACCAACCUGUAUAUCAUUGCUUUAGCAGUCAGCGAUUUGUUGUGCGCAACAAUUGAAAUGCCUUUAGCUUCUUCAACGCUUGUUAUUGGUAGAUGGGACUUUGGCGACGUCGUCUGCGAAAUUCAAGGCUUUGUUGAUGUUUUCACCACAUACGCGACCCCAGCAACCCUUGGUUUGACAGCAGUCAACCGCUAUGUGAAAAUUGUGAAGACGGCGAAACAUAAGAAAUAUUUUUCGCCCCUCAGAUCCAAAAUUUGGUUGUUUUGCGUUUGGACUUUUCUUGUGCUUUACCUUUUGACUGGUCGAACGACAAAUUUUCUCAGUUUUGAAUUCGUACCUGGCUUUGACGUGUGCGCCUUGGUUUCGCAAAUCAGAGGGUUCGAGUCGUUCAUUUUUGCAUAACAUUCGCAUUGUUUUUCAUAGUACCGCUAUGCAGUGGUAUAUUCAGCUACUACAAGGUAUUAUCCACUACUCAUCAACAUCAAUUGAACACGGCUCCAUCGCUCGGUGACAGGACUAAUUGUGGAGGAAGAAGUUCAUUGAAGGAGAUACAUGUUACUCGAGUCUUGUUGUACGUGGCCGCUGGAUUUUUGUGUUGCUGGAUACCAAUGUGGGCAUUCAUGCUUUGGAAGCGUUUCUCUCCAGAAACCUGUCCUAGAAUAGCAGUAAUUCUCGUCACGUUUUUCCUUUUUCUGAGCGCUACAAUAAAUCCUUUUAUUUACGCUUUCACAAAUUGUGGGUUCCAAACCGAAUUUCGCAAACUUCUGUGCUGUGGUCACACAUCAAACGAAGUUGUCGCGGCUAAUGUCAACGAAGCGAUCGGAGAGGUUGAGGACGAAGCGAAUAUGUAAUACUUAAACAGACGGCAAGACCAUUGAUUUUUCAUUUGUAUUGUAAAUAAGCUUCAGUUUGAGUUCAAUUCUUUUUUUCUCUUUUUCCUUAGGAUAACAACCUUUUCGCCAUAGUUUUAUCGUAAAUUGAUUAAGAUAAUGUUGACUCGGGGGAAGUGAAAGUUUUCGUUCAAAUUAAAAGCAGAGCAGUCGCGGUCAAUGGAGAUGAAAAUUGUUUUUACCGAGCUAUUGUCUGUCAUCCAAAUAUUGAUGUCAAGGAUACACGUUGGAAGGACAUAUUUAAAAUGAUGACAUAUCAUGACGCUCAGAGAAUAAUCGAAAUACCUCUAACUUCUUUAACAUUAACGCUGAUCGUUGGAAAACUUUAGUUUUCGACGCGUGUGUGCCUAAAUGAUAAAGGAAAAAAUAAAAAGCAAUAUAGUGCCCUAAUGUGUGGGAUGACAGCGAUCCUUGAUAGGUAAAAUAAAAAUACAAAUAUAGCGAGAUAAUGUGACGCUUACAGCUGACAUGUUCGAUCAAGGCAAUAAAUUUUAGAUUUAGAAAGACUCAUUGUAACUAGCUUUCCUCGUCAUCUGUCACUUUCCAGAACGCGCCGUCAGAAGUUACUUUGAACUGAUAAUUAGUCAGAACAAUUUUCCUUUUGACCGGCUGUUCAAAGGUAAUAAAUAGUUGGCUUCGUGAUGCAAACGCCUUGCUAGACUAUGAGCGAUAUCGCCGUAGCUUUUAAGCGAAACUGAGGAUCUAUUUAGGAAAGUUCUUGAAAGUGAGGUACGUUGAGACAAUUAUUUAUUUACCAAGCUCCUUCCUUGGUAUUACAACAAACAAAAACAUCAGCUUUAGAAACUUUUUACGGUGGCCAAUAUACGUUACCAAUUCAAAAUUUUAGUUUUCGAUACGUUUGUAUGAGCAAAAGGAAACUUGAAAGUAUAUGCCCUUAGGUAGGAUAAUAACUAUGGUGAUUGAAGCAAUCGAUUCCAAGUCUCCUGUAAAGUGCAAAAAUGACAAAAGCUACGUUCCUAAAAAUAAGCUAUGUCUACACUGAUAUGCAAAAUCAAACGAUUGCUAUGUCAUUGUUAUUCAUUGAAGCUUACGCCACCUUAGCCGAAUGCUGUUCUCUUGCUCGUUUCUCUUUUGUUUGAUAUACCUUUGAAAGUACGCAUUUUGGGUCAAAGAAAAUUUCAAUUACGUUGAAAAAAAAAGUGCAGGUAAGACUUACGUAUCUUACGAACAACAAAAUCACCAUGCGUAGACAGCCUGCCUUUGCGUCACAAAAAUUAUCUAAAUAAUUCUUAUAAAUACCCUCGAAAAAUUUUGACUCGAAAAUUGUAUUUUAGCAGCGCCUAAAUACUAUAUAACAGAGAAAACAAAGCGAUCUAAAAUACAACAGACCACAAAGAGCAACCUUGGGUUUUUCUAUUCAAUCGUAUUUAGUACGACUUAAAGUGAAACUUGCCUUUGACCGUAUAUUUACUCCGCCUAUUCAUCCAUCAUAUUGGAUUUUUACGAGAAUUACCCUAAACUCCCGUUCCCCGUUCUCCGUUCCUCGUUCCUCAUCUUCCAUUUCCUGUUCUUGGUUUUAAAAACAUCCAGUUAAAAGCGCACGUUAAGAGUACAAAACAUUUUUUUUAUUUUCUUUUUAUUAUUAUUUUUGAUCGGGAUCAAGGAAUACACCAGGAGACUACGAGUUACAAUCGUAACCAAAAUUAUGCAAUUCCGUCGAGCGGUUACCGUUUGUAGUGCAUGGAAAAAUUUGAAAAGUUCUCUCCCUGUUACUCUACCUUCCAGCGUCUUUCAACUUCUUCCUGUUUUAUAAUUUAUCGUAUUACUUUGCUUUUUCCUAUAAAUGAAGAUUUACUUGAAUAGCCUUUAGGAAAAGUUUAUGGUAAUUUUUUCUUUUUAUAUUAUUUCGUAUUCCCGACCACUGGUAAAUGGCUUGAUUUCCGGUUGCCCGCGACAGAACUUUUCGUGGUCAGUGGAGUAACACUGUAGGGAAGCUCUGACACGACACACUUGUGUGCAUUCAGGGAAGAUUAUCAUACACUGAUCUAUCAGUGUAGGACCAGCAUCGAAGAGCUGAUUUAAAGGUACUAUUAUCAAGUUGCUACUGAUUGGAAGUUACAUGCAAUACAAUUCCUUUCAGAUAACAGCAGGGAAAAUUACUUAUCUGCUUAUGCUCAAUCGGCUGUCACGCUAAGAGGCGGAAGUUAGCGAAAUAUUUUAACUUAUGCACGGGACCUAAGUUGUUUUACGAUUUUGACAUGUAGAUAUUCAUAAUCUUCAGGUUUGACAAUAUGUAGGGAAAUACUGGAAGAGUUCGUUUGAUUUUUGGGCACGUAACGUUCUUCAGUGACAGUAGCUUGACAAGAGAUCAUAAGUUGUCUAGAUCGGUAGUUCCUAUUCCAGUAUUGAUAUGCCGGUUUACUUUAUUCCCUCUAAAACCAAACCGAAAAUAAGAAGUUCAAGGAAUAGACGUCUCUUUUUUAAUGUCGAAAGAAGUCGAAAAAACAGUAGCUUGACAAAAAAACUGAAUCGAUCGUCAAACAUUUGCGGGUUGUGGAAGGUACAUUAACGGGUUAAAAUGAACCUUCAAACUUUAAUCUGUGCAAUAGUCCGCGGUUUUUAUCGGUUUACCAGUGUAAUAACCCACACGGGAUGUUGGGAGAACGCAAGAAAACCUUGUAAAUUGCUAGCCAGAAGCGGAUGAUGGAUCAGUUUGAUAUCAGAUACUUUAGCUAACAGUUUCCUUGAGCUCUUUUCAAUGAUUUAAAGCGUCUUCACUUAGUAAUGAAAAAUAAAAGUUACCUUAUAAAUGUCUCUUGAUUCAUGUGCUUGUGUUUAUAUGGUAUAUAUAUAUAUAUAUAUAUAUAUAUAUAUAUAUAUAUAUGGUAUAUAUAUAUAUAUAUACAUACAUACGCGACAUACAUUACGCGAUCAUCGGACAGAUUUCAUAUAUAUAUAUAUAUAUAUAUGUAAUUGUGGGAAAUUGUAGCAAAUGCUGUUGGAGAGUGUUCAGUACACAUGAGUGUAGAGCAAAAUACAGUUCUAAAUGACUAAAAUGAAACACGAAUGAUUCCCUGUAACUCUGAGUUUCGUGCCUACGCACUCGUCAGAUUUCAUUUACGUCAGAUUCAAUUUACGCACUCGUCAGACAGAUCACGAUUGCGUAAGCACGAAACUCAGAGUUACAGGGAAUCAUGCGUGUUUCAUUUUAGUCAUUUUGAACUGUAUAUAUAUGUAUAUAUGUAUGUGUAUAUAUAUAUGUUAUUUGCCGGCUGGGAGGUCCGUAUGGUGAAAAACUGUGACCGAGGUCUUGAAAAUACUGCCCGAGGCCGUAGGCCGAGGGCAGCAUUUUCAAGACCUCGGUCUUAUGAUCUCGGUUUUUCACCAUACGGACCGACCCUUAGCCGGUAAAUAACAUAUUUAUUGUUUUUAAACUUGACGAAAUUCUUCCCGAAAGAACCCGAAUGAUUUAUGGCCGUAAAUACGGCAAGAUCUUCCAUAAACUGAACAAUUUUUGAGUGGGUAAAUGGUAGUUAAAAUAGAGGUGAUGCAAAUUUAAGAGAGAUGCCUCAGCGAAACAUUUUCAUUUCCGUAACGAUAAAGGUGAUUUAAAAGGCUUCCAAACAAACUUUGAAACAUUAUUUUUACAAGUAUCUGUCACAAUCUGACACCUGUCAAUUAGAGAGCGCGCAAGAAAAAAAAAUCGUAGGAACAUUUGAAAACCAACAGAACUAGUUUGGCAAGGACUGUCACGACAAUGUUUUCUUCAAAAUCAGUUAAUGAUCUAACGGAAAGUAUUAUUCUCUCUCAUCGACGAUUCAUUCAUGUACGAAGAUUUACCUCUGUUCAUUAAGUAAACGGCGAGGAAAGUAAUUGUGAGUAAAUUCAAUCUUUUUAUUUUGAAGUUGUGAGAGUUUGCUCGUUUGUUUGCUGUAAUGGCGUGUUUAACUCUGAUCUUUCCUUCACAAAAACUAAAUUCGAACGGCACACUCCAACGAGACACAAGGGAAUGUAAUGCGGCCUUUUCUCAAAAAAUUCCUUCAAUUUCUGUUGUGCAAUUUAAGGUACAAAUGUCCAAAUUGAACGGAAUUGAAAAGACUCAGGAGCGUAUAUUUGUUGGAGAACUUAAAUUAAAACUUCGCUCGCUCUUUCACUAUGAACAAAUUGCUCGAGAAAAUUCAGAUAUUAAAUGAAUGAAAGUUACAUCGUUCAGUUUAACUGUAACCAAAUACCCCACGUUCCAACUUUCUGGGUACUUUUUGUGAACGAUUAAAAUUAAUUGCAGAAGGUUUUUAGGCCGCUUGUCAACCAACGUAAUGACACUAUUGUUUAUACAAAUUCAUUCUGAAACCAAUAUUUUUCUGUCAACCAAAGUGAUUUGAUAGAGAGAAAAGAGAGGAUUCAUAAGUUAUUUAUCGGCUUGAGGUAGUGACCGACGUGUUUGCUUAAAAAUACUGCCCAGCCGGAAAACGAGGUAUAUUUAUGAAAAAUGACAACGAAAGUUGGGAUGUACUCGGCGACUCACGAAAGCGUUACUGUGGCCCGUGGGCAGAGAUAGGAAAAUACUGACCGGGUAAAGAACCAAUCAGAUUGCAAGAUUCGUUACCGUGCCCUCUAAAAAAACAAUAAAUAUAUAUAUGUAUAUGUAACAAUUGAAGUAUUAUUUUUAUGCAAAUUUAUUAAGUAUAUAAACGAUAGUACGAAAAUUUUUAACAAUAAAAUCCCCUGAUGAGUGAGCAAUCACAAAACAGGCUUGUAGUGAUAAAAGUAUAGUCUCUCUGUUUUUUCCCCUAUCGCAACAAAUAUCACGCUCUACUUUUACGUAUCGAGCACUGUAAAACGGAAAAAUCAAUACACAGACUUCCUAUAUAUGUAUGUAUAUAUAUAAUAUAUAUGUGUGAAACAGAUUAUAAACUGUUUAUAAUCUCUUGUAUGAAAGUAAUUCACAGUAAUUUCGCGAUUUCAACUUUCGCAUAUAUAAUCUUAAGUGUAUUGUCUUUCUUUCUUUCUUUCUUUCUUUCAUGGUAAAGGAUUACGGAUGAAGAAGUUUCUGGAUUUUAUUAGACUAGAAGCAGUUUCUCCUUCUCGAGUUAAAAAAAAGUGGAAAAAAAUUAAUUUCAGCAUGCUGCGUGGAGCUCUAGGUGCGACCUCUUUUUACUUGCGCGACGGGCUUCGUAGAAAAGGAGGGACUACUCAAAGCAAAAAGUUUCUUGCUAUCAUUUGACCAUAUUUCGUAAGUCCGACACAGCGAAAGGAUAAAUUCAAAUAUUGAGGCAGCCCAGAGGUCACCCUCUUUUCUUCUGAUUUGAAAUCAAACUGGCUUUGCAAACUCGAUCUCUUUGAAACCCAAGUGUAUGAUUUCUACUCUACAAUUUUCCUUCCUUUGCUGAACAAUAAAAAAAACAAACAAACAAAAAGCAAAAACAAAAAACACUAAAACAAAACUGAACAAAACAUGGUUUAUUGAUAUCUUAAGAAACCUAUAACGAUAUCAUUACAACAGGAAAAUGAAAUAUUGCUGUUUUACUUGUCUCGUAGAAAAAUUUAUCGUUAAAUCAUUUGGUAUAUUCUUAUUUUGCUACAAAAAGGGUAUUCUUGUUACAUCUUGGGAGGAAAAAACAGUUUGCUGAAAUGGAUUUGUGCUCAUGGAACAUGUUCUGGCUCCUGUGUUUUGGAUUGUUGGCGAUACUGAUCGUCUUUGGAAAUACUCUAACCAUCUGGAUAUUCCUGAAGCGGAAACAACGCAAACGAACUUAUUUUCUUCUAAUCAGCUUGUCUGUUGCUGAUUUACUUGUGGGAUUGUUGACCAUCCCUCUUUUUAUAGGAGCAUAUGAAGCAUCUUGGAUAACUGUAGACACGGUAUUCCUCCGUUUUGACGUUUUCACAGCGUUAGCUUCCAUCUACACCCUUGGCGUCAUUUCUGUGGAGAGGAUGUUUGCCCUCGCUUGGCCUCAUCGUCAUAGAACUUUGAAACUUCGUGCUUACAUCUGUGCUAUUGCCACACCGUGGAUCAUGGCAACAAUAAUCACUGUUUUACUUUUUACUCUUAACAGUGUAAGGGGCCUUCUUAUUUUUUGUCCUGCCGUGCCUCUUAUAGUUAUGUGUCUUGCAUAUUAUGUCAUCUGGAAUAUACAGAGAUCAUCGAUGGGUAACCAGAAUCAGUCAAGGGAGGCUAGGUUAGCAAAGACUUUAUUUUUGAUAACGGGAGCUUCUAUUUUGACUUGGCUUCCAUUUCAAAUUCUUAAUAUAGUGCUACAAUUUGGCGUUACAGCAAAUUUUUCCUACUCGACAGUGUCAAUCCUACUCGUUAGGGUCUUACAAUUUAGCAAUUCUCUCGUGAACGUGAUAAUUUAUCCGUUUAGAGUCCCAGGAUUUAGGAAUGCCCUUUGGCGGAUGCUCCGCUGCCGUCAAAGGUUCGACGAUCCGGCCCUAACGCCAGCUGGGUCAGGGUCUGUUGUGUCCCUGAAGAGACGAAAGAGUUCCAAUUUUUUACCAGCGAACCCUAAUCAGGAAAUUGCAUUGUAA